AUGGAAGACACAGUACCGUUUAAAAGAAACACUAGUGGCGCGACGGCUAAUCGUCAAUCAAAACGAUACUCAGUAGCUGCUCUAUAUAUGUCCAUGGGAGGUGUGGAUAGAGAUGAUGAUAUCGAUGAUGAACUUGCUAAGGCACAAAAAUAUCUGCGACAGCUAAAAAGCGACAUUUCUGAACAGUCUAAGAGAAACUUCUUGCUGGAAAAAGAUGUUCGUUACUUGGACGGCAGAAUCGCCCUACUUAUUCAGAACAAAAUGAAUGCGGAAGAACAGAAGGAUAUUGCCUCUCGAUUGGAAGAAGCUCCUGAACAAGUGGCUGAUGAGUAUUUUCCAGAUAGAAAGAAAACUGAAUUAUAUGGUAACCUAUUCUUCUUACUUCAAUCGGAACCCAAGCACAUUGCCCUACUUUGUCGUGUUGUUUCGAUGGCAGAGAUUGACUCUUUGCUACAAACAGUUAUGUUUACUAUAUAUGGAAAUCAGUAUGAGCAAAGAGAAGAGCAUCUUCUUUUGACUAUGUUUCAAGCAGUCCUGGCCUACCAAUUUGAUAAUGCUCAAGAAUUCAGCUCUCUUUUACGAGCAAAUACCCCUGUUUCUAGAAUGAUGACAACCUACACCAGAAGAGGUCCUGGUCAAUCAUACCUCAGGUCAGCACUUUCAGCUAAACUCAGCUCUAUUAUUGAUGAAAAGAAUCUUAAUCUUGAAAUCAAUCCUCUCAAAGUAUACGAAGAACUAGUGGACAUGGAUGGUGGUUCUUCAAGGAACAGUAAUGAGGAGCAGCCAACAAUCACUGCCGAAGAAGCUUCACGUCAUCCAAUGGUUCUGGAAAUGAUUCGACCUCGCCAUGUCAAGCUAAAGCAAUUAUCUUCUGAACUAUUAGACACUAUUUUAUCUUCUCUAGAUAUGGUUCCAUAUGGAAUUAGGUGGAUUUGUAAGCAAAUCCGUUUACUAACGAAAAGAAAGUACCCCACUGCUACGGAUGCUGCUGUUUGCUCUCUAAUUGGCGCAUUCUUCUUUCUCCGUUUUAUCAACCCAGCAAUUGUAACACCACAAGCAUAUAUGUUGGUAGAUAGAUUACCUUCUGAUAAUUCAAGGAGGGUAUUGACUCUGUUGGCAAAAAUGCUGCAAAACUUGGUUAAUAAGCCCACUUAUUCGAAGGAGCCAUAUAUGCAAAAUCUGGCACCUUUUGUUGAUGCUAACAAGGCACGAAUUAAUAACUUCCUUCAAGAGCUGUGUGAUGUACCUGACUUUAAUGAAUCGCUAGAGAUGGAUCAAUAUGUGGCUUUAUCAAAGAAAGAUUUGUUCUUGAAUAUCACAUUAAAUGAAGUUUAUGGCAUGCAUUCUCUCUUAGAUAAGUAUCAUGAGAAAGUCAUUCAAAAUGAAAGCUCCCACCUGGGAUUAUUGCUUGCAGAUAUAGGAGAAUCGCCUGGACUUGUUCCACGUAGUGCGAAUGCCAAUAUGGAGCUGCAGCUGUUUAAUAGAUGGGAGACGGAAGUGGGUGAUGUGGAUGGCGGGCCAUUGGAUUUUCUUCGUGCUGAUGUCAUUUUUAUGGAAGCAAAGUCUUUAAUGAUCAACAUUAUACGAGCCUUCCCUCCAGGACACAAUGUCCUUCAGAGACCACUUGAUUUGCAUAAAAUUGCUGAUUUUGCUGCCACUACCAAUGAAGAGGCACUCGUAAAGCGUGGAAUCAAAGCUCUUGACUUAUUGGUUGAAAUAGAACAAGCAGAUAGUGACGAUGCGGAACUUCUCCAAGCAGAAGUGGACUCAGAACUAAAGCAGCUUGGAUCGUUACAAGAGUCAGUAGAAAAUGAAGCCAAAUCACUGGACGAUGUUUAUCGUAUUAUUCGCGAUCAUAACGAGUAUCUUCGCUCCCAGAUUGAUACAUAUAAGUCAUAUCUUGCAAAUGUUCGAAUGCAAACUGGAGGACCGCUUGGGGCCGUUACCAAUGGCGGAGGAAAACCAACAACCAAAAGCAAGAUUCCAGUCAAAAAAUACACACCACCACAACUAAUCAAGGAGAAUGUAGUGUUAGACUGGAGACUACCAGACUCCAGAACAGCUAAUAUGACCCUUUAUAUCGCAUCACCAGUUCCAGGAACUUUUGUCAUAUCUUUAGUAUUAAAAGGGAGAGCUGAGCCAAUAUUUACUUUGGAUCUGAAAUUGGAUGAUCUUUUGGAGAUGUCUGCGGAUAAGGGACUUGAAACUCUGGACUUAGAAUGCAUUGUCUUUUCAAUAAAGCCUUUGGUUGCUCUAUUGAAGAGGGACUUGAAAAGAAAGUAG